GCUAACUUGAUGGGUUCAGCCAUGCAUGCUCACAGAAUGUGACAGCAGAGAUGGAUGAAGAGGAGAACCAGGGCUGUAUGGAAUCCAAACCUGAACAUUAAGACACAUCUACUACCUACCACCACCUUUUGUUUUUAGUUUUUACCCCACCCCCAUCUUUUGGCUGUUACCAAAUGCCCAGAGGAGGAGAUCUAUGAGUAAAGGUGGCUGGCUGCGGUCAGAAUUGUUUGGUAAGCAAGUUGAGCUUGUGUGCUGGGUGCUGUGAGGGUGGUAGGAACAGAGUUUUAAUGAUACAGCCAGAUUAUAUCUCAUAACAUGUGAGGUCACCAUGAUCCUAUAGGAUACAUUGAUGACAUCCCAGGUGGAGUGGGUACUGUAAACUGGCAAUGUAUCACCUGGUGUGGAUACAAUACUUUGUGUAAUUCGGGCUUCCAUGCCACUUCCCUGGCUCUGACCCUGCAGCCCACCCAUAGAGGACAAGUUAUAGUACCACCCUGGCUGAUGACACAGUAUUGGAUGCCAUGGGAUGGCUGGGAGUUAGUAUUGGAUGGCAUGGCUGUGAGUUAGUAUUGGAUGCCAUGGGAUGGCUGGGAGUUAGUAUUGGAUGCCAUGGGAUGGAUGGGAGUUAGUAUUAGAAGCCAUGGGAUGGCUGAGAGUUAGUAUUGGAAGCCAUGGAAUGGCUGAGAGUUAGUAUUGGAAACCAUGGGAUGGCUCAGAGUUAGUAUUGGAAGCCAUGGAAUGGCUGAGAGUUAGUAUUGGAAACCAUGGGAUGGAUGAGAGUUAGUAUUAGAAGCCAUGGGAUGGCUCAGAGUUAGUAUUGGAAGCCAUGGAAUGGCUGGGAGUUAGUAUUAGAAGCCAUGGGAUGGCUCAGAGUUAGUAUUGGAAGCCAUGGAAUGGCUGAGAGUUAGUAUUGGAAACCAUGGGAUGGCUGGGAGUUAGUAUUGGAAACCAUGGCAUGGCUCAGAGUUAGUAUUGGAAGCCAUGGAAUGGCUGAGAGUUAGUAUUGGAAACCAUGGGAUGGCUGAGAGUUAGUAUUGGAAGCCAUGGGAUGGCUGGGAGUUAGUAUUGGAUGCCAUGGGAUGGCUGAGGGUUUAUAUCUGCCUUUCCUGCGCUGAUAGUCUGGUUUACAGACAGGUGAUUUCUGUUGUUAAGAGUUCCAGUUUGUUCUGCAUUAACAAUUGAGUUCUGUUAGAAUGCAGGCAUUAUUCUACCCUGCUGUACCUAUUGUGUAUAUUAGCUAUUAAAUCACUGAAAUUAUUCUUCCUCUUUGUAGAACAUGUGUGCAAGGAUUAUACAAACUGAUAUCACAUAAACAGAUCCAAGCUGGUUUAUUAAUGCUGGCCAUGGCUUGGUCUCUGUUCUGCUCAUGUUGAAGUUAAGGAUUAGAUAAAUAAAGUUUUUACUUUGAUACUAAGUAGUUGUUACUUGUUUUAGCUAAACUUUUCUACACAUAUUACUCUAGGAAAAAUGUCCUUGAUGUCAUUAGAAAUGAUACUAUUUUAAAUAAAAAUCAGCAAUCAAUGGCCUGGAUGACAUUAUAACUCAUAUUAUAUGAAACCCAAAAAAUGUUUGACGACAAACUAGCCAAGCAUCAUGGGAAAUGGAAUAACUGUAUUUGUGGACUACCUUCUCAUGAUGCUCGGCCAGACAUAGAGGGUACUUCUCCCAUGAUGCCAUAGAAGGUAGAGGGUAAAUAUAAUCUGUACUUAUCUGCAGUGCCAACAAUCUGCCUGAGUGUUUUGUGAAGCACAGGGAUCUGCAGUGCUAAAAGGCUGGAUGAGCAUAGUGGUGAGUUGAGCCCAUGGCUGGCUGGGCGUGAUGUGCAAUGCAGUCUGCAAACAUCAGCAGACAUCAAGUCAGCCCAACACUACCCUGCAGCUUUGGUAGGGCUAUAUUACUUCAUACACGAAGAAUGAUAAAAAAAAAAAAAAAAAAGUUUCAGGACAAGUAUUAAGAAGAAUACAAAUGAGUAAUUGUGUAGCGAUGUCUGAUUAGCUGCAGUUCACUGUAAGCAUCCGUUGAUUUGGCAUUAUUUUCCCUGUUUCAGCAAUUCCAGACUUGCUGAGCUAAGCAUGUACAAGGGGUGGCACACAGACAUGUAAAGCAGGGGAUUUACUACAUACAUUUGGUGUUGAUGCAAUCUGCAUUCACAUAUUGCAUGGGUCUUUUUAAAGUCAGGACCAAUAUAUACUACAUUUAAUGGUUCAAAAGAACAAACAACAAAAAUGGAACGGGCAACAUCUGUUAUUUCCCCUGCUGUACACUACAGCUAAGCAAAAUACAUAUUUUAUUGUCUGGCUGUGAUGUGAGUUGCAGUGCAUUGCUCCUGCACUGGUAUAAAACUCCUUACAUUCCUUACAUUCAAAAGCAAGGCAGAGCACCCUCUGACAUUAAGGCUGAGAGUGAUGUCAGUUGUAAUCCACACCAGAUGGAUUAUUUACCAGGAGAGAGUCAACCAGUGACUAUUUAUUUCUGGGCAGAUGUUAUAAGCUUCUACUCACUUCUGUCAUAAAUGACAAUAUGUAUAUGAAAGUCCAAUCUUCCUGAUGCCAGAUAAACAGGAAAGUUUGUCAAACUGUUUUGCUAAGUAUGCUUUGCUCUGCAGAUGUUUGUGAACUGAAUGUCCAAUGAUUCUCAGGCAGUCUGUAGGAAAUACCUGAUAAAUGUAGUUCAGAAACCUUAGCAGAGGUAAAGUUAGCCAUCUCUACAUUGGUAGGUUCCUUGUGAAGGGUACAUCAUUUUUAUAUAUAUGGAGUGUUUUGCACACAAUAACUAUUGCAACUACAAUAUUGCCUGCAUAUAUAACAGGUUUCUUUACAUACAAAAUAAAAGUUUCAUUUUUUUAUUUAAAAAAGAUAUAUAUUAUUACAUUUUUAAUAGCGUGAUGUUUUUUAUAAUUAAAAAAGUCACAUUAAUAUGUUGGUCUAAAAUGUAAUCUGAUUACUAACAACCAAAAAUAAGGUACCGGCCAUUGCAAAGGAAUCUUUAUUUAUAUCAAUGAUGCACCUUUUUUUAACUGUACCAUUAGUGAUUAAAUAAUAAAAAUGUAUAUAUAUAUAUAUAUAAUUCAAAUGUAGAAUAUAAUGUGAAUUAGAUUCCCUAAAAUAAUUUUUCUGUUACUUUUUAUCCAAAUUUACUGCAUUAUUUCAACUCUGCAAAUUUCAUAUAAUUUAUAAAAUAUUUUACCAGGAAGGAUACAUUGAGAUUUCUUUAAUUUCAAAUAUGUCCCAGAAAACAUGUUAUAUAGAUAUAUAGAUAUAUAUAUUAAACCUGUGGCAGAACAGAUCAGUCAGCUAUGCAUUGUCUGUGCUCACAUCCAUGGGAAUGCUGUUAUCAUAACAAGCCAAAGAUUUAAUAGUAAAAUAAAUAGUCUGUCUAGCUUAUUAUUGCUGCUCCCAAUUGCAGUGUAAAUGGGUGUCUGGCGGUAUAUGGGCAUCUGACAAGUCAUUUCAUUCAUGAUCCAAUCACUCUCAGGGCAUGUGGACAGUAAUCUAAGUGUGCCAUAUAGACCGUCUCUUGCUUUACCAUAGGGCUGUGUCUUAGAGAGGCGUUUUCUAGGUAAGUGACUGAAUCUUACACUAACCUCAGUGCACUGUAAGGACCCUAGCUCAUUUCUGUAUAAACCUCAGAUAGUUACAGCCCUCUAAUAGAUUGGAUGGUAACAAAGGCUGCACCUGCAGCUAUUUUAUUUGUUGUUGUUAAUUAUUACAGCUUGAGAAAAAAAAGAGUUACUUGCGCAUUAUUCCAAAGUACCUCUUUUUUCAUUGUUUUUUUAUUGUAUAUAUCGGGGCUGAUGUGUGCUGUGGUUGUUGCUGCCGCCCAGGAGUAGUGGGAGUUUGCGUGCAGGACUUAUUUUUGUGUAAUUAUUACAAUUUAAUUAUUAUAUGCAUCAAAUAUCACUACUAAUAUCGCAUGCCUCGUAAAAUAAAUACGGAUUACAAAAAUACCUUUAUAAUGCAAUACAUACUACGUAUAAUGUGGUUAUUAAAAAAAAUUAAAAAAAUCCUGCUGCCUAAGCUAAUAACAAUAAUACAUAUAUAUAUAUCGAUAAGCCUAUAUGUUGCAAGGGUAAGAUAGAAGUAGAAGUGGAGCAAUAUUUAGAAACGUCCCUUACUCCUAGACUCAAAUAUUGCAAGGAUCCACUUUAAUGUUACUCUGUACCAAAUCUUCCACAAUGUAUCUAAAAACAUACCAUAUGGUAAAGAAAUAUUAAUUUGUGGAUAAACUGGUUGCUGCUUCCUUUUUUAAUCUUAAUAUAGCAUUUGAAUAUCAGAUGAAAUAUACAAUUGUGGAUCUAAGCCUCUGUGUAAUGAACAUGGAAGAGGAAGAAUGUUCCCAAAACAUUCUGCAGACCUACAGUUUUACUAUAGGAAUGUAAUAAUCAUACAUGGGUUAUUAGAAUAAUGUAAUAAUCAUACAUGGGUUAUUAUAAGAAUGUGAUAAUCACAUAUGGGGUUUAAUAUAUUCUGACACAGGGUUUUAUUAUUAGACAUGGGGUUUUAUAAUAGACAUGUAAUAAUAAAACAGGCGUUUUUAGUAUAGGUAUUUUAUAAACAUGUCAUUUUACUAUAGGGUGUGCUGUUAUUAUUAUUAUUAUUGUAAUCAUUUUUAUUAUAGGAAUGUAAUAAUUUGAACUGUGUUGUAUUCUAAGUGUGUAAUAAUAAGAUAUUUGAUGUAAUUAUAUUCAUACUAAAACUGACCUACCAUGAUAUUAUAUUAAUCUAAUAGUUAGUCCUCUCAUUUAUAUAUAAGGAAGUAAUAAGACCAGGAGUGUAUCAAUCAGAUAUGUUAUAAAUGUCCCCCCACGUUGAUAUUUGCCUACAAUAUACAAAAAUAUACCCAUCACUGUCUAUUCUGUUUCCUUUUUUAAUACUUUAAAGUUAACACAAUGUACUUUUUUUGAGAUCUAUAAUUAUUCCAAUUAAUAAACAUUUUGAUCAAUUAUUGUAAUUUUGUGAUUGGAAUCCGAAUUAUAUAAAUUGGUUGCUUGUCAUCUGUGCCCUGUAUGCUUACAAGAUUAAAUAGAUAUAUAUUAAGGGGCCAAUGGAAGCAAUUUAGAUAUACCUAUAUCUGAGAAAUUACUUCAUGUGUUAAUUAUAUCUCCAUCAACCUCUGCAAACAAUAUUAUUUUAUAUCUCUGUAUCAUUAUUAUAAAUACAUAUUUGCCAUUACUAAUUUAAGAUAAAAUUAAAAGGUAUACUUUGGUAUACAGUAUUCAUUUGAUUCAUAAUUAAUAUUUAGCAUUAUUAAUUCUUUUGACUUAUUUUAGUCUACAAUACAUUCACUUUUAGUAAUGAGACAUAAUAGGUUAAUGAAUUUAACUUGUGUGUCCUCCACUUGUGUCAUCAUAGAUCAAUUGCACAGCUGUAUCAUACUAAGGCUGCAGGCUGUUUUUAGUCAUUGACCACUAAAUGUUUUGGCAACAUUCUCUGAUCAGAUUACACUUUUUAUUUAAUGCUAUUUACACAUGCAGUAUAACUUUAUCACUAAGCUGUUCAUUGUUACCAUUUAUGAAUGUAAUAAUCCGUUAGUUCAGUAAGUAUGGCACAGCUAAAGUGCCUAGCUACUCAGAAGCUAAAUAAUACACAGAAUAAAUAAAAUAUCGAGGAUUAUCUGCAGCCAGUAAAAUAAUAAGCCUUAUCUAAAAUUUGCUAAACACCCCCAGAAUGCAAGAGAUGCUUCGUUUAGUAUAUGAUAUUUAUUUUCUGUUUGGUACUCUAUGUAUUUGCAGUUCAUGUGUUCUUUGUAUGUGUGUAAUGUGGUCUCUGUAUGUUUUGUCCAUAUAUUUGGUAACGUGUUGUAUCCACGUUAUUCAUAAUCUAUGCUAAAUUCAUCUCAGUAUCUAACUGUAAAUCUAUUUUGUGUUAAAUGUUUUACUGUGUUAAUUUAAUGGUAAUUAUUGUAAUACAAGCAUAUAAUAAAAUAUAUAUAUACAAUAAACAUUGUGCUAUAUCCGUAAGCUCCAUUCACAGACUUAGUCUUGUCAACUUUAUGACAUCAUUUUGUUACAUUGGCUUAUAUAUUCUGACAAUGUACACAUUUACCUUUCUGAUCCUUAUCGUUUAGCCACUGUUAUAUUUCCCAACACUUGCAUUUCAUAGAUUGUAAGCUCAUUGAGCAAGGCCUUCAUGAAUAUUCUCUAUCUAGAAUUGUAAUGUGCUGCGGAAUGUGUUGGUGCUAAAUAAAACAAACUAUUUUUGCUUCUUCCACUUCCUUCCCAUUACCCAAACUGCCCUCUCCUAUGGAUAACAAAGACAUGACACCUCUGGGUAAUUUAUCUAAUGGAGAAUUUGCUCUAGCAUUGAUCCCACAUAUUAAAUCGUGCACCUACUCUUACUGCUUACACCUAACAAUCUGCCUUAUAUCAAUGGAACUUGCUACUACCGACAUAUCCAUUCUCUCCAUCUCCUACCAAUCUCAAACAUUCCACUAAAUCAUCUCUUUAUAGAGUCACACAAAUUAUUCUGGUAACCCUAACAUUAAUACAUCCAUUAUGGGAACGUUUGAGCCAAUUUCUUUUGUCUCAUUUACUAUACUUGUUUGAUACAAACUUUUAUCUGUACAUCCAAUAUCAUUAUAGUUCUAGAUCGAAUGUUUUGUAUUACCCUUUAUUCGGUGUAUGUAACAUUGAGUUUGUUGGUACUAUAUAAAUAUCUUCGGAACUAAGGAUAUGAAAGCAUUCAGCCAGAAAUGCCACAUUUAGAUUUCAUUAGUUUCCAAAUACACAUUAAAGUCUUUGUGUUUUGGUAUUGGAGCACUGAUCUAUCUCACAGCUUAAAGGACAACUGUCACCUCAAAAUUAUUUAUUAAUAUAAUAAUCAUUUAAUCAGGUCUUUAGAGGAAAUAGAUUUUUUAAAUUAAAUAUAUGUAAGCAAAAUUGGAAAAACAUAAUUCCUACCCUUAGUGUAUGACACUAUGCUUCAGCCAUGUACAUGCGCCUUAGGUCAGACAGUGUUCAAAAACUCUAAUUUAGUCUCUAUGGUGUUUCCUGCUUCACUCCUUGCUCUGAGGCAGGGGAGACCAUAGAGACUAACUGUUGGUUUUCGAACACUGUCUGACCCAAGGGAAUGAGGAACCUCUCAUAUACUAAAGGUAGGGAUGCGUUUUUCUCAUUCAUUACAUAUGCUUCACUUAAAAAAAAAAAAUAUAUUCUUCUUUUCAAAGAUUGAGGGAAUGAUGAUUAUAUUAAAAAUAGUUUAGAGGUGACAAUUGUCCUCUUAAGGACACAUGACAUGUGUGACAUGUCAAGUUUCCCUUUUAUUCCAGAAGUUUGGUCCUUAAGGGGUUAAGCAUGUCAUAAUAAUGACAUGCUUAAACACAUUCUUACUGAAAGACUGCUCACAUAUAAGUAUCGGUAUAUUUCAUUUUUUAUUUAUUUCAUUUUCAACUAUCAAAAUAAAUGUUAUAUGUUAUAAUAAAUAGCCCUUUCAAUUAGAUUUAUACUGUGGUCACUUGGCACCUGGGGUGGAAAUGAAUGUUGGUACCCUCCUCCCCCAAUUUUAAUGUUCUAUGUUGAAUUACACCUACUCAACCUUUUAUCUCCUGACCCUUCUUGGGUAUUUCUCUCAACAACCCCUUUCAACUUUAACUCAUUUUACCCUCUUGUCUGUCUCUGAACCAAAAUUACUUCUUGUGUAUAUUUUAAUAUCUCUUUCCUGUUCCCUUGUCAGUUUUUUAACUCUUUUGCCCUUUUUGUCAUUUCACAUACAUCCACAGUGACGUGCAUACAUGCAUACACAUGCAAUUGUACAUGCAAUCACAUACACACAUGGACACUGUCACAUAAAAAGACACACAUUCACCAAUUACCCACCGCCAUAACAUACAUAAUCACACAGUUACACACACGCAGUCACAUACAUACACAUACCCACAUAAAGUCACAGACAUGCACAGUCACAUACACAUACAAACAUUCAGAUACACACAGUCAUACAAAUACAAUGUCCCAUACAGCCACAUGCACAUAGUCACACACAGCCUUACACACAGUUACAGGGACAUAGUCACACAGACAGAAACACAGUCACAAACAUAGAUACACAGAGUUACUGGCACACAGUCACACGUUAACACACAAAAAGUACACAGUUACCAAAAGUACAUCUCAAGUUUAUGGGCACUGGGUGGAAGGAGCAAAGCUGGAGGCUGGAGGCACAGCAGCCCUUGAAUUUAGUGGUUGGGGAAGCCAUCACCUUCAAUUAACAAGCAGCAGGUGAUGGUAGCAUAUAACUUAACCCUUAAUGACUGUAUUAGUGAUGCAGCUUCCUACCUGCUUGAUCUGUCAAGAGGAUAAUUAAAUCUUCUACAUGAGUCCCACAUGGCCAGACUACAAAGAGUGACAGGUGGGGGAUGCUAUGUGCACCUUGGUCCCACCUGUCACCCAAGGACCCCUGCCCCUCCUCAUUAGUUCAAUACUGUUUUCAAAAUAAAUAUAACAACGUUAGUCAUUUGGCAGGAACAAGCCUGUUUGUUUUUUGGGGAAUAGCCACUCCAUGUGGCCUCUUAAAAUACUAUGUGUAUUCCGUAAUUUAUCUCAACAUAGUGUCACCUUAAAUUUUGUGCACCAGAACAUUGUCUUGUCCAUCAUUAUGACUGGGCCCAUCACAGGCAGUAGUGAUAUGAAAGAAGGUGACUUAGCAAGGAUUUUAAACUCAUGACUGUAUUCCUGCAGACUGUAUAAUUUCUAUAUUUUUUAACGGACAAAAUAAAAAUCUUUUCCAUACCUUUGCCAUACAAAAUCAUUAUUUUAGACACACUCAGCUUUCUCACCACUCCCAUACUGGUUUCCUGUAAUGCUUUAUUCAGUUUUCCUGACUAAUCCCAUCUCCCACACUGUACAUUAACGUGCAAUACUCAAGAUGCUGAAAUCUACUUAGGUGUUGGGAAAGAAAGAUGUAGUGAGCUCUUCUCAGGGCAUGUAUACAGACUGUCAUAAUUGCAUGGAAUUUAAAAGCUAUAGAAGUCAACAAUUGUACUUGUUGUAUAUGCUUUGUAAUUUUGUGAUUUUUAUAUUCCGCUGGAUUUUUAGGAAUUUGCAAUCCCCAAAAUACCAGCAUAUCCAUUACAGAUACUCAAAUGAUUAAAUGUGUCUUUUUGCUACAUUCUCUGCUACUCUGAUGUUUAUAAUCUGUCCAUGAUUACAUGCCACAGUCUGUUUGAAAUAUAUUUCCCAAAGGAAGAAUAAUUUAAUACAAAAGUUUUUAGUUACUUGUUUUGGGUUAUUCCUGAACAUGCUACAUGAGAUGCUUAAGGGUGCCAAGAAAACAUAAAUGGGAUUACCUGGUCUCCAUGUCAACCUGCAAGUCAAAAGAUAUCAAGUACAUGACUUCCCUUAUUUUCAUAUUCACUGUAUGGUGGGAUUUGGGGUAAAAUACUUAGCAGUGGGCUGACCAGUUCAUUUCUUCAUUCUCUAGGAGAGGGGUAGGCAACCUUCAGUACUCCAGAUCUUGUGGACUACAUCUCUCAUAAUGUUUUUACACGACCAAUAAAUUGGAGCAAGGUACUAAUUUUUCCAGUAAAGUAACACUCUGCUAAUGACUGGAAUCACAUAAAAAAAAGUAAUAGAUUUGUAACAUAUGGAAGAUGAAUUAACUGGAAAGCAUAAGGUGUAAAAUCUUUCCCCAGGCAGCAGUUGUAAAGGCCAGUUAGGUAUUGCUAUGCAAAAAAGUAUUUAUUCAUGUCAUGAAGAUAUAAUUUUGCUUCUUUAUAAAAACGAUGGUAAGGCCCCAACUUUAAUAUUAGCAAUUACCAUAUGAGCAAUUUUGAGAACCAGUUAUAAAGAAUGACAUUAAGGAAUUAGAAAACGUGCAAGGUUGGCUACAACAUUAUUAAGGGGAAUGGAAGAUUUACGUUAUAAAGAAUGACUGGAAAACUACAUUUCUUUUCUUUAGAGAAAAAACAUGUCAGAGGGGAUAUUAUAUAAUUGUGCGGAGAUAUACAGGGUCAGAACAAAUAUCUAUUUGCUAGCUUGCUCAUUGUAUGUACACUAUAGGCACCCAGACCACUUUAUUUCAUUAAAGUGGUCUGGGUGAGGUGCCCCUCUGCCCUUAACACUGCAAUGUACAACAUUCCAGUUUUAGAGAAACUACAAUGUUUACAUUGCAGGGUUAAGACAGCCUGGUUGUGUAAAAACAUUAUGAGAGAUGUAGUCCACAACAUCUGGAGUACUGAAGGUUGCCUACCCCUGUCCUAGAGAAUGAGGAAAUGCUCCUUGAUUCACAUGGAAUUUAACUCAAUGCUUGGCGUUUUGGAAAUCCCCAUAGGAGAGCCUUGAUUCAGUGCUUUACUAUGGGGAAGCUCUAAUGCACUAGUAGCACUCGCCAAGCGUUUACAUAUGGUUCCCCUAUUGCCAUGAUGUCAUGGGAAGAGGAGACCAAGCCAGCAUCGAGGGAUCUUGGCACUGGAGUCAAGUAAAUAAAGGGGUUUUAAAUCGUCCAUGACUGUGGGGAGGGGUAUAGUGUGGCAGUUUUGUAUUUCUAAUACUAUAGUGUUCCUUUAACAGGACCACACAUACCAUACAGUCUAAGAGGUCUUACUUUAAGUCUCAAAGAAAUUAGAGUUUGCCUACAACAGUGGAAAUGGUUCUUUAUCGUAAGAAUAGUAAAUAUGUGAAAUUAUUUGCCUAAACAGGAUCUUUAAGGAUAUAAUAGUUAAUAUGUUUGGCAGUGACUUGUUGAUCCAAUAAGAUAUCCCAUUGCCAUUAUUGCAAUCAAAGCAAAUGCACUGAAUCUAAAGCAAACAAAAAUAUGAGAACAGUGUUCUCAGUAUUCUCAUAAAUUAAACAUAACUGAGAAAGCUCAAACAACUGAAAUGAUCAUCUAGGAUUGCUGUAGGGAACUUCAGAUCUGGAUUGCCCUUGUGGGUGUGAUUAGUCAGCUAUUUGAUUGGCAUAAGUCCUCUUUGUAAUGACACAAGUGAGCAUAACAACUGACUGGGGACUAACCAAAAGGAAAGAAAUUAAAGAAACACUAUAGUAUUAAGAAUAUAAACCUGUAUUCCUAAUGCUAUAGAGCCCAUAUUUUUAGUUCUAUCCAGGUCCCUGCUGUGUGCCAUAAAAAAUAAAUAAAUUUUAAAAAAAUGUAAUUACCUUUUUACAUUGCCAAGGUUAGUUUGGCACUGCCUACCUCUCCGCCUCCCACAACAUCAUCGAGGAGGUAUGCAAUGAUCCAAUCCAAUGUAUUCAAUGCUUUCCAAUGGGUUUCCAUGUUAUAUAACUGGUUUUACUGCAAUGUUAUACAUUCCAGGUUUAAAAGGACACUGUACCCAGACCACUUAUUUAAGAUGAAACGUCUGGGUGACUUUAGUGCCCCUUUAAAUUCUUGGCAAUUAAUCGCAACAGCCAAUAGUAAAACAGCAAUAUUUUAGUGACCUGGCCACCUUAGAGAUUUUUUUCCCAUGCCUCUUAUUUAAUUUCAUUUUGGACAACAUGUUCUUAAGAAAGCUGUUUAUGAAUAGAUUCCAAUUUUUCUACUUAUAUUUAGGGACAGAUUUCCUAUUAGGCAUACUAAUCACCUGUCUACAGGUGCAUGUCCUGUUGGGGGUGCCUAUUUCCAGCACUAAUAAGGUACUUUUUUGGGCUGGUCAUGAGAGCUAAGUACCAGAAGCCUUGGUCAAUGUUCUUAUUAGUCAAGUCAGCCUUUGUUGCUUGAUAGCAGAGCUGCCCAGUUAUAGAUGAUGUAAUACUCAGUGCUGUCCCAGCUCCAGGGAGCUGCAUGUGAGCCUGGACAGGAAUAGGAGGAACUCACUUCACAUCUGCCACUAACAACUCCUCACACAAGAAAUGUCUUGAAAGAAGACCAAGGGCAGCACUGAGUAAUGCACACUUUAUGAUAGUUCCUGCAGCUCUAAUAUAAAUCAUAGGAAUGUGACUGGACUACAGAAGAUAUAGGAAGAACACUGAAAUGAGUGCAUCAACGGGAUAUUGCAAAAACAUUCCUUUCAAUUUACAGAAUUGACAUGUCUGCAGAGUCCUAAUAACUAGGGGAUAGCACUAAUGCAUUUAAUGAUGCUCUCAUGCUCUGCUUCUUGGGUAUAGUUCCCUGGUGCCCGAAACUCUACUCUAGACUGUCCUGCGGACGAUUGGAAGGCCUGGUGUGAUUUGCAAAUGAGAUGUUUAAUAAUUACUCAAGUAAAUAUAUCUGCUUUGUCAUAAUAAGGUUUCAGCACAAAAUCCAACACACCCAUCUACCCAUUCAAGAAAUCAGAUCACGGAAUUGGAUUUUCUUCGGUCCUUCGUGUAAGUGAUAUUGAAGUACUAGUCAUGUAUCUAUUUUGGUCUUCCAUUGUCAGGGCUAUUUACUAGCGUGAGAAUCCAAAGUGAAUUUUUCAAAUUUAAGAUCAAAAUAGCUGAACUGUAAAAAAAAAAAUCUCUAAUUUAGCUUUGCUUUCAAUUCAGCUAAUCUGGCAUUCAAUUUGAAAUUUACUUUGAAUUCUCACCCCAGUAAAUAACCCUUUCAAAUGUCUGCACUCAGCUUGCCAAGUUACUUCAAAUUUGGUUUAGUUGUGCAUUCCAAGCAGUGGCGUACAUACAGGGGUCGCAGCUGUGACCGGGCCCGUCACUACCGAGUGCCCGCCGUCAUGUGUUGCGGCACCGGCCCGCAUAGUAAAACUGCCAGGGCCACACGUGAAGAGGCCCAUCGGGUGGCCAAUGCUGUUAGGGCCACCUGAUGGGUAUAGCUUUCCAGGGUGCCUGGUCAGCACUGCGGCGCUUUAACAGCGCAACUGGGCCCCCUGAGAUGACAUCAGACGCCGGGAGAAAGUGACUGCCCCAGUCACUCUUCCCAGCUAUCAAACAGAGCCGCGUGGGAGGGAGAGAGGAGGGAGUCAUAGUGGGAACUCUGAUUCCCAUCAGGCUGAGCUACCACUGGAUCCCAGGGAAGUCUAAAAUGUAGGAAACAGGAGGGUGACUAAAAUAUUUUUUAUAUGUGUGUGUGUGUGUGUUUGUUUGUAUGUAUGUUUGUGUGUCUGUAUGAAUGUUUCUCUGUCUGUGUGUGUGUCUAUCUGUGUGUGUCUGUGCAUGUGUGUGUUUGUCUGUAUAUAUGUGUGUGUAAGUGUGUUUGUAUGUAUGUACAGUCAGGUCCAUAAAUAUUGGGACAUCGACACAAUUCUAAUCUUUUUGGCUCUAUACACGAUCACAAUGGAUUUGAAAUGAAAUGAAAGAUGUGCUUUAACUGUAGACUUUCAGCUUUAAUUUGAGGGUAUUUACAUCCAAAUCAGGUGAACGGUGUAGGAAUUACAACAGUUUGUAUAUGUGCCUCCCACUUUUCAAGGGACCAAAAGUAAUGGGACAAUUAGCUGCUCAGCUGUUCCAUGGCCAGGUGUGUGUUAUUCCCUCAUUAUCCCAUUUACAAGGAGCAGAUAAAAGGUCCAGAGUUCAUUUCAAUUGUGCUAUUUGCAUUUGGAAUCUGUUGCUGUCAACUCUCAAUAUGAGAUCCAAAGAGCUGUCACUAUCAGUGAAGCAAACCAUCAUUAGGCUAAAAAAACAAAACAAACCCAUCAGAGAGAUAGCAAAAAACAUUAAGUGUGGCCAAAUCAACUGUUUGGAACAUCCUUAAAAAGAAAGAAUGCACCGGUGAGCUCAGCAACAGCAAAAGACCCGGAAGACCACGGAAAACAACUGUGGUGGAUGACCGAAGAAUUCUUUCCCUGGUGAAGAAAACACCCUUCACAACAGUUGGCCAGAUCAAGAACACUCUCCAGGAGGUAGGUGUAUGUGUGUCAAAGUCAACAAUCAAGAGAAGACUUCGCCAGAGUGACUGUAGAGGCUUCGCCACAAGAUGUAAACCAUUGGUGAGCCUCAAAAACAGGAAGGCCAGAUUAGAGUUUGCCAAACAACAUCUAAGAAAAGCCUUCACAGUUCUGGAACAAUAUCCUAUGGACAGAUGAGACCACGAUCAACUUGUACCAGAGUGAUGGGAAGAGAAUAGUAUGGAGAAGGAAAGGAACUGCUCAUGAUCCAAAGCAUACCACCUCAUCAGUGAAGCAUGGUGGUAGUGUCAUGGCGUGGGCAUGUAUGGCUGCCAAUGGAACUGGUUCUCUUGUAUUUAUUGAUGAUGUGACUGCUGACAAAAGCAGCAGGAUGAAUUCUGAAGUGUUUCGGGCAAUAUUAUCUGCUCAUAUUCAGCCAAAUGCUUCAGAACUCAUUGGACGGCACUUCACAGUGCAGAUGGACAAUGACCCGAAGCAUACUGCAAAAGCAACCAAAUAGUUUUUUAAGGGAAAGAAGUGGAAUGUUAUGCAAUGGCCAAGUCAAUCACCUGACCUGAAUCCGAUUGAGCAUGCAUAUCACUUGAUGAAGACAAACCUGAAGGGAAAAUGUCACAAGAACAAGCAGGAACUGAAGACAGUUGCAGUAGAGGCCUGGCAGAGCAUCACCAGGAAUGAAACCCAGCGUCUGGUGAUGUCCAUGCGUUCCAGACUUCAGGCUGUAAUUGACUGCAAAGGAUUUGCAACCAUGUAUUAAAAAGUGAAAGUUUGAUUUAUGACUGUUAAUCUGUCCCAUUACUUUUGGUCCCUUAAAAAGUGGCAGGCACAUAUACAAACUGUUGUAAAUCCUACACCGUUCACCUGAUUUGGAUGUAAAUACCCUCAAAUUAAAGGUGAAAGUCUGCAGUUAAAGUACAUCUUGUUCGUUUCAUUUCAAAUCCAUUGUUCUGGUGUAUAGAUUACAAUUGUGUCGAUGUCCCAAUAUUUAUGGACCUGACUGUAUGUAUGUAUGUAUAUAUGUGUCUGUGUGUGUGUGUGUGUGUAUGUGUCUGUGUGCUUGUAUGUAUAUGUGCUUGUAUGUAUGUGUGUUUGUUUGUUUGUAUGUAUGUGUGUGUCUGUAUAUAUGUGCCUCUGUGUGUGUUUGUAUGUAUGUGUGUUUGUAUGUGCGUGCACAGUGGCGUGCAUACAGGGGUCACAGCUGCGACCAGGCCCGUCACUCCAGGAAGCUUGGCCGCCCCGCGGACCGCUGCGUCCGGGUGCUUGCCGCCAUGUUUUGCGACCCAUGGACUCCAGCCCUCAAAACACAUUCAUUGAGAUUAAGUUGUUUUGAGGGAAGAAAGUUCCAGUAAGUGUAAAAUGGAGCCUUUAUUGGUUUAAGACUGUUUCUUAAUAUACUCCACUUAUACAGGGAGUGCAGAAUUAUUAGGCAAAUGAGUAUUUUGACCACAUCAUCCUCUUUAUGCAUGUUGUCUUACUCCAAGCUGUAUAGGCUCGAAAGCCUACUACCAAUUAAGCAUAUUAGGUGAUGUGCAUCUCUGUAAUGAGAAGGGGUGUGGUCUAAUGACAUCAACACCCUAUAUCAGGUGUGCAUUAUUAUUAGGCAACUUCCUUUCCUUUUGCAAAAUGGGUCAAAAGAAGGACUUGACAGGCUCAGAAAAGUCAAAAAUAGUGAGAUAUCUUGCAGAGGGAUGCAGCACUCUUAAAAUUGCAAAGCUUCUGAAGCGUGAUCAUCGAACAAUCAAGCGUUUCAUUCAAAAUAGUCAACAGGGUCGCAAGAAGCGUGUGGAAAAACCAAGGUGCAAAAUAACUGCCCAUGAACUGAGAAAAGUCAAGCGUGCAGCUGCCACGAUGCCACUUGCCACCAGUUUGGCCAUAUUUCAGAGCUGCAACAUCACUGGAGUGCCCAAAAGCACAAGGUGUGCAAUACUCAGAGACAUGGCCAAGGUAAGAAAGGCUGAAAGACGACCACCACUGAACAAGACACACAAGCUGAAACGUCAAGACUGGGCCAAGAAAUAUCUCAAGACUGAUUUUUUCUAAGGUUUUAUGGACUGAUGAAAUGAGAGUGAGUCUUGAUGGGCCAGAUGGAUGGGCCCGUGGCUGGAUUGGUAAAGGGCAGAGAGCUCCAGUCCGACUCAGAUGCCAGCAAGGUGGAGGUGGAGUACUGGUUUGGGCUGGUAUCAUCAAAGAUGAGCUUGUGGGGCCUUUUCGGGUUGAGGAUGGAGUCAAGCUCAACUCCCAGUCCUACUGCCAGUUCCUGGAAGACACCUUCUUCAAGCAGUGGUACAGGAAGAAGUCUGCAUCCUUCAAGAAAAACAUGAUUUUCAUGCAGGACAAUGCUCCAUCACACGCGUCCAAGUACUCCACAGCGUGGCUGGCAAGAAAGGGUAUAAAAGAAGAAAAUCUAAUGACAUGGCCUCCUUGUUCACCUGAUCUGAACCCCAUUGAGAACCUGUGGUCCAUCAUCAAAUGUGAGAUUUACAAGGAGGGAAAACAGUACACCUCUCUGAACAGUGUCUGGGAGGCUGUGGUUGCUGCUGCACGCAAUGUUGAUGGUGAACAGAUCAAAACACUGACAGAAUCCAUGGAUGGCAGGCUUUUGAGUGUCCUUGCAAAGAAAGGUGGCUAUAUUGGUCACUGAUUUGUUUUUGUUUUGUUUUUGAAUGUCAGAAAUGUAUAUUUGUGAAUGUUGAGAUGUUAUAUUGGUUUCACUGGUAAUAAUAAAUAAUUGAAAUGGGUAUAUAUUUGUUUUUUGUUAAGUUGCCUAAUAAUUAUGCACAGUAAUAGUCACCUGCACACACAGAUAUCCCCCUAACAUAGCUAUAACUAAAACAAACUAAAAACUACUUCCAAAAAUAUUCAGCUUUGAUAUUAAUGAGUUUUUUGGGUUCAUUGAGAACAUGGUUGUUGUUCAAUAAUAAAAUUAAUCCUCAAAAAUACAACUUGCCUAAUAAUUCUGCACUCCCUGUACAUAAAAUAUGUGAUACUUACAAAAUUGGUGCUGCAGCCUGUGUCAAUGUUUGAAGGUUACUCUGCGUUGCUCCCACUUCUCCAGGCUGUGACUGUUUCCUUGACCAAAAAGCUCAAAAUUCAAAUGUUUCAUGAAUAUUUCUGUGAGGAUUCAUGAAUGAGAAUUAGAAUAGCUCAAAUAAUAUGAUAUUUAUUCAUUUAAACAUGCAUCCGUGUACAAGAUUUUUGAAAUAUUUUGAAAUAUUAGGCUUGCUUGCUCUAUGCUCAGGGCACUUGGAUCCUGCAGAGAACUUUAAAACAGUGUUGUCUGUAUUGACUGCCCUGCCUACCAGUAUUCCACUUCACAUAAUGCUGAUGGUGUUGGAGGUGUUAAAUAUGUGUAGAUACUGUCAUUGUGCACAUAUUUGUAUGUUUGUGUAUCUGUUUUGGGAAAACAUCUACUAAAAUAUAGCAAAUAACUCUCCAGUCAUUUGAAUGGUCACAAUAUACAAUGAUCAGCCAGAGCAUUAAAACCACCUACCUAAUAUCAUGUAGGUUAAGGCAUGAACUCCACAAGACCUCUGAACUUGUCCAGUGGAAUCUGGCACAAGACACUAGAUCCUUUAAGCCCUACAUGUUGCGAGGUGCCGCCUCCAUGGAUUGGAUUUGUUGUUCCAGCACAUGCCACAGAUGCUCAAUCGGAUCAAACUGAGAUCUGGAGAGUUUGGAGGCCAAGGCAACACCUUGAACUCUUUGCCAUGUUUCUUGAACCAUUCCUGAACAAUUUUUGUAGUGUGGCAAGGUGGAUUUUCCUGCUGAAAGAGCACUGCCAUCAGGGAACACCAUUGCCAUAAAGUGGUGUCUGUGCUCUACAACAAUGUUUACAUAAGUAAUACGUGUCAAAGUAACAUCUACGUGAAUGCUAGGACUCCUUUUUUAUCAUGGCCAAGUUUUUCAGCAAUUUGAGCUACAGUAGCUCUUUGGUGUGAUCGAACCAGAUUGGCUAGCCUUUACUUGCCACAUGCUUCAAUAAGACUUGGGCGCCCAUGACACUAUGCUGGUUUACUGCUUGUCCUUCUUUGCACCACUUUUGGUAGGCACUAACCACUGUAUACCGGAAACACCCCACUAGACUUGCCAUUUGGAGAAUCCCUGACCCAGUUGUCUAGCCAUCACUAUUUAGUCCAUGUCAAAGUCACUCAGAUCUUUUCAUUUGUUCAUAUGUCCUGAUUCCAACACAUGAGAUUUAAGAACUGUCUGUUCAAUUGCUGCCUAAUAUAUCCCAUCCAAUUGUAAUGAUAUAAUCAAUGUAAUUCACUUAAUCUCUCAGUGGUUUUAGUGUUGUGGCUGAUCAGUGUAUGUGACAUGAGCAAGCCAAAUACAGAUAAACUUUAAAGAUAAAGUUCAACAAAAAGUGGGAGGGUAAACUAUUGAACAUGUAUAAACACAUAUAUAAGUAGUAUGGCAUUUCAAAAUGAAUCCUGUAUCAUUUGAGCUAAAAGCAACCAUGAGAAACAGGUCAAGCAAAGAUAAAAUGUGAAAGAUAUGUUAAACAGCAAAUGAAGAGGGGGCAGAGUCAAGCAGCAGAGCCAUAUGGUCACAUGCAUUCAGAGCUCCGUGUACAUCCAGCUAUUUUCACCCUCUUUUGGGAACCAAACCUUACUUGAGGCAGCUGGUGACACAUGAGCUAGGUGGCAGAGACAAGAUGGGUCGAUAGACCAAGAAACAAAAGUCGGAUAAACCCCGGGUGGGCCUCAAUAUCGGAGACCUCUGGCGGCAGGUGCAAGGCACGACUGGGCCCAAGAUUGCUGCUUACCUGGAGGCCUACUUGGAGUUUUCUGAUGACCUAUCCCUGGGGGACGAGGAGGUUGUAUUACCUGCCAGGCUGACACAGGCACCGGUGCCCCUGGACCCAGACACAGCACCAGUAGCGAUGACAGUGCUGAAAGCAGACCUGCUUCUAGCAGACCUGCAAAAAAAUAUACUGACCGAUGAGGACAGAUCUCCAGGGCCUGACAGGCUGGCUGAAUGCAGUGGAGACAACAUCUGGAGAGCAUACUCAGAACCUGGCCUCUAUGCACCAGAUGAUACUGGGGCUUCAACGGGAGCACAAUCUCUAUGACCGGCAACUUGCAACUAUGGAGGAUCAGCGAUGCAAGAAUAACAUAAAAAUACGAAGCAUUCUGGAGAAGAUGCCGACAGCGGAGUUACCACACAUGCUGAGGUGCCUGCUGUCAGCUCUCUUGUCCCCACGACAGGCUCUCUUGCCCCCACGACAGAUGGCUGUUUCAGCAUUCCCAAAUCACCGAGAGCUCUAGACAUGGCCCCUCGGGACCUGAUGGGUAAUUUUCAGAAUGCGGCAGUGCUGGCUGGUGGUGAAGAAACAAACACCAAAUGGAUGUCUCUCACAUUCUAUUCUGACCUCUCAGUAGGCAUGCUUUCCUGGCGGCCAUUCCUAGGAACUUUCAUGACUCUCGUCAGGAAGCACAGCAUCCAGUAUUGUUGGUGCCUGUCUUGCGCAUUAAUGUUCCUCAAAGUGGACUCCCAGCACUCCCAGAGGCCGCAGUCCUUUUGGCUACACUGGGACUUCCGCAGGAAUCUCUCACACCAACAGGGCCCAAGGCAGCUACAUCUUCAGCCCACCACUGGGAUCUUACGAAUGUGGCCACGUUCAUCCCACUGCAGUCCACACGGGACACAUAUGCAUCAGUGACCACUUGAUUACCCCACUGAGACAGGCCACCUACCCCACUUUCGGUCUUAAUUUACUAAAACCAACUUUUGGUUUACUUAAUUUUUUUUCACCAGUUUAAUAGUCCCUCCGCAACUUAGGACCCAUUCCUCUCUCAUAGGGAUUGGUCACUGGACCAUAUAAAUACCCCCCCCCCUUAGAUGCAGAUGUAAAACUACUAUAACUAGCCAUAUAUUCCAGCAUUUGUUUGGUUAUGGUUUAUCGUUAGGAAGUACGGUUGUUCUAAUAAAACCCUGUUAACCUACAGUAUUCUCCUAGAUGUAUACUGCACAUUCUAGAAUACAGCACCUAAGGGGAUAAAAAAACACAAACAAUUCACUGUUUGUCUUGCAAUUUCUAUGAAGCAUGAUGACAUGUACUUGUAUAAUCCAGUGUACAACUACUUUGCUAAUAUUAAUGUAUCACAAUGUUUUUAACAUAAAUUGAUCCAAAAAUAAAGAAUUUCAAAAAAAGUAAAUAAAUAAAUUGUAUGUAAUGAAUCAGAUGGGGAUGAAGUCUUAUUGGUAGAAACAGGGGAUAUCCAUUAAUAGUAGGCAUAUGUUACAAGCCCCCAAACAUUAAUACUGAUGGGGAAGAGCAACUGCUAUGUCAAAUUAAUAAGGUUGCACCACUGAAAAUAUGGUAAUUUUAGGAGAUUUUAAUUAUCCAGACAUUGAUUGGGCCAAAGUGACUGUUGUACAGUUAAGGGAAACAAGUUUUUGAACCUGAUAAAUUAUAACUUCAUAUUUACAACUAAGGCACUGGCAGGAAUUAUCUAUUGGCAAAAGCAUAGAGAAUUAAUGGAAGGUCUUUAAACAAAUUCUACAAAAGUAAAUGUCUCAAUACACACCAUUUGGAAACAAGUACAAAAGAAGCAAAUUUAAACCAAACUCAGUACAAGGGUCAGUCAAAUGAUAUAAGAGAAGGAAAGGGCAUCCUAUAACAAAAUGUAAGCAUGCCAAUGAAAAGCUCAUAGUCAAAGAGAGCAAGACCAAUCCCAAAAUGUUUUUUUAUUACGUUAAUACCAAAAUGUUUAAGUGUGAAAGUGUUGGUACAUUGGAAAGGGAGAUGGGUGAGUUAAUCAAGGAUGUUCAGAACAAAAGCAGAAAUUCUAAAUAACUAUUUUUCUUUAGUAUAUAGGGAAGAAGAUCUGCAAAUCCCUGUUAUAAAAGCCUUACAGCAAAUAUGUGAUUGGUGAGCACACUAUAAAGUGCUUCAGAAAUUAAAUAACAUUACACAAAGCUCCAGAGCCAGAUUGUAUUCAUCCACAUGUGCUUAGGGAGCUUAGUGUAGAAAUAUCCAUAGCACUGUUUUUAAUUUUUAAGGAUUCUUUUCUUUCAGGAAUUGUACCAGAGGAUUGGAGAAAAGCAAAUAUGGUGCCAAUAUUUAAAAAAGGUUCAAAAGUUUAACCUGGGAACUACAGACCCGUGAGCUUAACAGCUGUGGUUAGGAAAUUAUUUGAAGAGCUGUUAAGGUAUAAUAUUCAAAGUUUCAUUGUGAACGAAAAUAUCCUUAGCAGUAAUCAUCAUGGUUUUAUGAAAGUCAGGUCAUGCCAACCUAACUUAAUCGUGUUCUAUGAAGAAGUUAGUAGAAAUAUAGAUCAUGGUGAUCCUGUAGAUGUUGGAUUUUGCUAGGGCAUUUCAUACAGUUCCACACAAAAGGUUACUAGAAAUCAGUUGGUUUAGAUGAAAAACAGUGUUCUUGGAUAGAACACUGACUUAAAGGACCACUCUAGGCACCCAGACCACUUCAGCUUAAUGAAGUGGUCUGAGUGCCAGGUCCAGCUAGGGUUAACCCAUUUUUUCAUAAACAUAGCAGUUUCAGAGAAACUGCUAUGUUUAUGAAUGGGUUAAGCCUUCCCCCUAAUCCUCUAGUGGCUGUCUCAUUGACAGCCACUAGAGGCGCUUGCGUGCUUCUCACUGUGAUUUUCACGGUGAGAGCACGCAAGCGUCCAUAGGAAAGCAUUGUAAAUGCUUUCCUAUGCGACGGGCUGAAUGCGCGCGCAGCUCUUGCCGCGCGUGCGCAUUCAGCCCAGGAGGAGGAACGGAGGAGGAGAGAAGGAGGAGAGCUCCCUGCCCAGCGCUGGAAAAAGGUAAGUUUAAACCCCUUUCCCCCUUCCAGAGCCGGGUGGGAGGGGGUCCCUGAGGGUGGGGGCACCCUCAGGGCACUAUAGUGCCAGGAAAACGAAUAUGUUUUCCUGGCACUAUAGUGGUCCUUUAAGGAAAGAAUGCAAAGAGUAGUUGUAAAUGGAAAAUGUUCAAAUUGGAUAAAAAUGAUAAGUUGCGUGCCUUAGGUGUCUGACCUGGGUUCUCUUUAACCUGUUCAUAAAUUGUCGUGAUGUGGGCAUUGAAAGUCAUUUGUUGGUGUUUGCAGAUGACACAAAACAAGAUUAGAAAAGACAGCCUGAACAUGAUAUAUUUUCACUACAGAGGGAUUUAGGUAAAUUAUGGGACUGGACAGGCAAGUGGCAGGUGAAAUUCAAUACAGAUUAAUGCAAAGACAUGCAUUUUGGAUUAAGGAACCCAAAAGCCACUUAUACAUUAAAUGGAGUUAGGGAUAACAUUAAAUGAAAAGGACUUGGGACCAGUCAUAGAUCAAAAACAAGGCAACAGUAUGCAAUGCCGGUCUGCCAUUGCAAAAACUAGUAAGGUGUUAUCGUGAAUUUCGUGAAAAAGCGAUAUUGAUUCACGUGAUCAAAACAUAAUUUUGCUGAUUAUUUUUAAAUCAAUUGUACGUCCCCACCUUGAAUAUGCAUUGCAAUUUAGGUCACCAGGUUUAAAGAAGUAUAUUGCAGAACAUAAAAACGUGCAGAGGCAAACUACAAAAUUAGUAAGGGGGGGUGGAAAACAUUAGGUAUGAGAAGAGACUAGAAAAAUUGCAUUUGAUUUAAUUAGAAAAAAGGCUCCUCAAAGGGGAUAUGAUAGCUUUAUACAAAUAUAUACAGGGUCAAUACAAACCUCUAUGUGCUAACCUGUUCAUUAGCAGGAAAGUACAACAGACCCACUGAUAGUGAAAGAAAAUAAAUUUCGCUUACAGCAGAGGACACGGUCCUUUUGAGUAACAAUAAAGAUGUGUAAUUCUUUGGAUUUAUUUUUUGCAUAAACAGAAUAUUCAUGGAUAUAAUUGAUAUAUAUGUAAAUAGGUUGUUGAUCAAAGAAGAAAUCUAAUUGCCAUUAUAGAGUCAAGAAGGAUUUUCUUUCUCUUUUUGUGGCCUAAUUGCAAAUGGAUACAAUUUAGUUUUUUGCCUUCUUUUGGGGAUCUCCAGCAUAAAAUAAUGGGCUUCAAGGUUGAACUUGAUAGACUUUAGUAUUUUUUCAAUUUAGACAACUAUGUAACUAUGUAACAGGAAUGCUUAUGCCAUUUUGCAUUUCCAGAGCUAAAACUGUAAGCAACUGACCAGAUAUAAAAUAUUCAACUAGAUGGAAAAAAAAUAGGUACACAAAAAUGCUACACACAUAAGUUACAUACAAUUGACACAGCAAAGUGGAAGCAAUAAUUCCUUUGCUUUAUCUGAGCCAGUAAUGCUGAAGAGUUUUUUUACAAUCAUAUUGGGUUCACUCUGCAUGAUAACCUUUACAAUGGCGCAAAGUUGUGAAGGUGCCCAGAGUAACUUUUUAAGCUUGGAUUAGUAGUAAUUCAGAUGAGUUUGAGUGAUUUUUAUGUAAGUCAUAUCAUCUGGACAGAUGGAUCUUUUAGCUAGAAGCAGUGGGAGAUCUCAUUGUAGUGAUGAAAUUGAAAGUAGACAUGCAACCUUGUGGUUCACCUAUGUCAGUGCUACGAGUCAACUGAGAACAGGACUAUGUAGGUAGAGACUAGAUCAGUUGGUUCACUUUCCUGUUAUUCUCUUUCCUGGUCUUGUUUUGGUGUUGUCCACUUCACAAUCCUUGGAGCCCUAUCCAAGCAGGGUGAGUGUGAGGUUCAUGGACAUGGUACUGCAUACUAAACUUUUCUUAUAUUGCAUUCUCAAAACAGUAUAGUAUACCAAUAAAUUAUAACAGUAGAGUGUCCUUUCUGUACAUGAUCCCGCAUCGGCCACCAGUGUGAUAAUACAUUGUAACUAAUAAUGCAUCUAAUGUCUAGUGCAGGGGGGUUAGGCAACCUUUAGCUCUCCAGAUGUUGUGGACUAUAUCUCACAUAAUGCUCUUACAGCAAUAAUGCUGGCAACUCAUUAGGGAAGAUGUAGUCCACAACAACUGGAGUGCUGAAGGAUGCCUAACCCCGGUCUAGUGUAUAAAUGAUCAUCCUCUGGUACCAGUGUUAUACACAUAAUAAGAUGGGGCAACAUAGAACAUGUAAACAGUUAACUUGGGAUUUUGAAGCAUUCAGGUCUCCAUUUUCCCAGGAUACAAAGUAAAUCUAUAUUAUUGUCUGAUGUAGGGGGCAAAUAAUUUCUUUAUUUGUCAAUCACAUUUUAACUGUUUCACUGCUAGAUUUUUAUUGUUUUUAUUUUUUAUUAAAUAGUAGCAUAACAUGGUAGACAUAGCAAGCAUACAAAAGCAGGAUAAAACAGCAAUUCCAUGUUAAAAUGCUAUGUACAUUAUAUGGAUUUAUAAAUGUUUUUUAUUUAUUUAUUAUUUGCUGAAAUAAUGGGGCAAUAAAAAUAUUUAAAGACUACAUGUCAUCCCUUUACCUUGUUAUAUUUCAAUUAGUGUCCAAAAUGUUAACAAAAGAAGCAGAAAUAAUAUUUUUGACUGAUACAGUAGGUGCUGCAAAGAAAAAGAAUUAAAACUGGUCAAAUACUCUGCUUACGGGUAUUUUGUAACAAAACUGAAAGCAUGUUGUGGGUGUAUAUUCCUAGGAAUGCAACCAAAAUGUAAUAUAUAUAUAUAUAUAUAUAUAUAUAUAUAUAUAUAUAUAUAAUUAUUGUAAAAUGCCCACAUACUGUAAAUACAGUUAGACCAAACAUCUGUACAAUAGAGGACAAUUGCAAUGUAUCAAUGUCAAUAUGUUCUGUGUGCUUUUUUUCUCCUUGGUUGUUAAAAUGACGUCAGGAAGUUUGACCUCCUAAUAUUGCUGUAGAGUGUUAUGGGAUUUUCUUGCCAACACUUUCAUCCAUCUCACAAAGUGUCCUUGGCAUCAUAGGGUUGGAGUUGGGGCUUGGGAUUUAGUUUGGAGGGGGGUGGCAAUUAAGUGUUCGUUAACUCCUUUUUUUUCAUUAGGGUAUAUCUAAAAACAGCUUUCAAAAGCUGCAGAUGUGUUGCCUUUGCAAGUCCUUCUUUUUUUCCCCAGCACAGAGUUUCUGUCAGACUUUCAGCAUGUGGUCACAGCUUUCCAAUGCUUCUCAAUGAGGUAUAGUACAUCUCAUUGCGAAGUGAGGAAGGCAUGUAUGCUAGCACAACACGUCGGCCACUUCCAUUAUCUUUGUGGCGCUUUCUGAUUGGUCGGGAGAUGUUUCUGCCUACAAUUUCUGUUGAAAUCAGACUCCAGACUCUUUAAACACUCCAGCAAGUGAAAGGGUGUUUGACGUGUUCUUUUAACAACAUCAUUAUCACUCUAGCAAUGAUUAUAAUAUGCAAUUAGUAAAACCUAUAUAUGUUUCAUAACUUUCCUGGGAACUCUAUCGGGCCAGAUUGGGGUGAUCUGAUGCUUUAAAAUAUGGACUGGUAAUUGUAUGGCUCUGUAUGGAGGAAUUAAAUAUACUCUUUGCCUGGACUCCAGAUUAACCACAUACUCAAGGAAAGUGUCAAAAAUAUUACAUCUCUAUUUUGAACACUACCCAAAAUUAAACAGGCACUAAAGGUUAGAGAAAAGUGGUGGUGCCUAAUUCUUCAUUCAAUCCUCCAGCAUACUUUUGCUACCAUAACACAAACAGCAAUUGGAAUAAGAGAGAUUACUUUAUGGAGUCAUAAAUGUUUUGCAGAGUGUAAAUCUACUAAAUUUUUCUUUCUCCUGUAUGAUGUUUCACUGAGGAUUUCACAUUCCUAGAUAAUUCAAAACCAAUGUGAAAAUCACCUUUCCAAAAAAUCAUUGGCUUGUUCUUCGUGUUUAUUUUAGUAACUUGGUGGUCGGCUGCAAAGAAAGCUCAAAAGGUUGAAGGAAUCUGAGUUGGUGUUCUUGUUUAUUUGGUUGUUUACAUGUUUUUAUUUUAUUCUACCUUUCCCCAGAAUAGGGAACACGUAUUCUAAUAUGCCACUAUAAUCGCUAAUAUUAAAGGAACCGGAACAACACCUGUUAUGUUUGAAAUUAGGUUCUACCAUGGAUUUCUGGAGUCCUUCACUCCUAGUAGUGGAGCCUGGGUUUAAAGAGGGGCCCUGGAGCUGGUAGCCAUCUGGUAAGAUAACCGCAAAGAACUUUAUAUUUUUUCUAUUGAAAGGGUUAAAAAUGAAGUACAUGACUUCUGUACGUGGACAAGACUACAUUAUUAGAAAUAGCAAUUGUUAAAUGCCAACUUAAAGUGAAACCUGUCACAGACCAUCAAAAAAAUAACCUUUUGACCUCGCAACAUUAAUGUUGUUGGUUGCUGAAUAAGCAAUAUCGUGUUUAGCUGAUGUGAUCUUGUCAUGUUACUUCUGCUGUAACUUCUGUCUAUAAAUAUGUUUGCCUGAGCCUUAAUACAUUGGUAGUUGCCCAAUUUGAAACACUUUGUCUGUGUAUCACUGAAAGGCUCUCCCCGAACGUUUGGUCCAAAAGUGAGGUGCAUGGAACUCAUUGCCCAGCAGUGUAUUAUGACCCCAACAUCUAUUUAAUGUUGUGCGUCUUUAGAACAGCCCGAGGACCCCAUUUGCAUGGUACACUUUCACCACAUUUUGCUUGGGAUAGCUUUACUGCUGGUUCUAAGUAGCACUUAUCUAGAUGACUCCCAAUCUUCCCAGGCACUCUCUACUUUGAAGUUGUUAAAAUAUUAUGAUAACCAUGUAGGUCCCUGUACACUAAUAUUGUAAAGCUCUUUCAGUGUUUCUUUCUCUGGCUCUGCUUCUUCUCCCCAACUCCUCUCUGUUUGUGUCCCCCAAGGUUCAGUCCUUGGUCCCCCACUGUUCUUCAUCUAUACUGCCUCCCUUGGUAAACUCAUUAGCUCCUUUGGCUUCCAAUAUCAUUUCUAUGCAGAUGACACACAAAUCUACCUGUCCACUCCUGAUCUCUCUCCGUCCCUCUUGACUAGUGUCUCUGACUGCCUCUCUGCUAUUUCUAACUGGAUGGCUGCCCACUUCCUUAAACUAAACUUGACCAAAACUGAAAUUAUGGUCUUUCCUCCCUCAAGUGUUGUUACUCCUGUGUCUGUCUCCCUCCAAGUUAACGGUGCUACCAUCAGCUCCACCACGCAGGCUCGCUGCCUAGGUGUUCUCUUUGACUCCGACCUCUCCUUCAAGCCUUAUGUUCAAUCAAUCCUGUCAUUUCCAUCUCAAAAACAUUGCAUGCAUCCGCCCCUACUUAACACCAGAUGCGACUAAGGUGUUGGUCUAUUCCACUGUCCUUUUUCGCCUUGACUACUGUAAUCCGCUUCUCAGUGGUCUUACGUGCUCCCGCCGUUACAGUCUCUAAUGAAUGCGGCGGCGAGGCUCACCUUCCUGUCCGCCCGCACCUCCCAUGCCUCACCCUUCUGUCAGUCCCUACAUUGGCUUCCUAUAAAAUAUAGAGCUCAAUUUAAAAUUCUGGUUCUUGCUUUCAAAUCUCUACAUAAUGCUGCUCCCACCUAUCUCUCCUCCCUUAUACACAAGUAUGUCCUGUCUAGGCCCUUACGAUCUGCUGAAGACUUACGUCUAUUUUCUGUCCAUACUCCCACCUCUGAUGCUCGCCUUCAAGAUUUCUUGAGGGCUGCACCGUUCCUGUGGAACCCGCUUCCCUCCUCCGUUAGAUGCUCACUCAGUCUCCACUCCUUCAAAAAAUCGUUAAAAACCCACUUCUUCAUAAAACCCACUUCUUCAAUUAAACUGUUAAUAGCUCCUGACUGAUUCCUCUUCUGCAACUGUCACUAGUCUAAUACUAUCCUUACCUUUUUGUGUAAUUUUACCCCACUCCCUCUAGCAUGUAAACUCAUUGAGCAGGGCCCUCAACCCCUCUGUUCCUGUGUGUCCAACUUUUCUGGUUACAACUACAUGUCUGUUCGUCCACCCAUUGUAAAGCGCUGCGGAAUUUGAUGGUGCUAUAUAAAUAGCAUAAUAAUAAUAAUAAUAAUAAUAAUAAAGCUAAGUUGUCUAUAUUGUCUAAACAUGGUAGUUUACUACUUAGGUUAUAAACCCCCUCAUUCCUCACCCCCUCCUUCCCUUUCACUCCCCACCCCACACACACACAAAAACACUGAAACGCUUACUAGAAAUAUAUAUAUAUAUCUACCAAAACUAGAUGUGGUAUUUUUCAUGUCAACAAAGGUAUAAACAUGAAAUAAAAAAAUCAAACCUUUUUGAGGACCAUAGGUAUUCUUUAAUAUAAGUAGGGGCUAGGUAGCCAACACAUCAGAAUUUGUUGUAGUUUGUGGAUCCCUAGUCUCCCCAGGAUGGACAUUUUUGCUGUUUCAUGCACAUGGACCAUUUUAUUGUGGUGAAAGUAAAAGCAAUAUUUUUAUCGGAUUAUCCUGGUGUUUGGUUUGGAUGCCGAUAUCUUAUCAGGUUUCAGUAUACAGGUGAUACUCAAAAAAUUUGAAUAUCGUGCAAAAGUUCAUUUAUUUCAGUAAUGCAACGUAAAAGGGGAAACUAAUAUAUGAGAUAAACGCAUUACAUGCAAAGCAAGAUAGUUCAAGCCGUGAUUUGUCAUAAGUACGAUGAUUAUGGCUUACAGCUCAUGAAAACCCCAAAUCCACAAUCUCAGUAAAUUAGAAUAUUGUGAAAAGGUGCAAUAUUCUAGGCUCACAUUGUCCCACUCUAAUCAGCUAAGUAAGCCAUAACACCUGCAAAGGGUUUCUGAGCCUUUAAAUUGUGUCUCAGUGUGGUUCAGUAGGAAUCACAAUCAUGGGGAAGACUGCUGACCUGACAGUUAUGCAGAAAACCAUCAUUGACACCCUCCAUAAGGAGGGAAAGCCUCAAAAGGUAAUUGCGAAGGAAGUUGGAUGUUCCCAAAGUGCUGCAUCAAAGCACAUUAAUAGAAAGUUAUGUGGAAGGGAAAAGUGUGGAAUAAAAAGGUGCACAAGCAGCAGGGAUGACCGCAGCCUGGAGAGGAUUGUCAGGAAAAGGCCAUUCAAAAGUGUUGGGGACUUUCACAAGGAGUGGACUGAGGCUGGAGUCAGUGCAUCAAGAGCCACCACACACAGACGGAUCCUGGACAUGGGCUUCAGAUGUCGUAUUCCUCUUGUCAAGCUGCUCCUGAACAACAAACAACGUCAGAAGCGUCUUACCUGGGCUAAAGAAAAACAGACCUGGUCUGUUGCUCAGUGGUCCAAAGUCCUCUUUUCUGAUGAGUGCAACUUUUGCAUCUCAUUUGGAAACCAAGGACCCAGAGUCUGGAGGAAGAAUGGAGAGGCACACACUGUAAGAUGCUUGAAGUCCAGUGUGAAGUUUCUACAGUCUGUGUUGAUUUGGGGAGCCAUGUCAACAGCUGGUGUUGGUCCACUGUGCUUCAUUACGUCCAGGGUCAACGCAGCCAUCUACCAGGAGAUUUUGGAGCACUUCAUGCUUCCUUCCGCAGACGAGCUUUAUGGGGAUGCUGACUUCAUUUUCCAGCAGGACUUGGCACCUGCCCACACUGCCAAAAGCACCAAAGCCUGGUUCAAUGACCAUGGGAUUACUGUGCUUGAUUGGCCAGCAAACUUGCCUGACCUGAACCCCAUAGAGAAUCUAUGGGGCAUUGCCAAGAGAAAGAUGAGAGACAUGAGACCGAACAAUGCAGAAGAGCUGAAGGCCGCUAUUGAAGCAUCCUGGUCUUCCAUAACACCUCAGCAGUGCCACAGGGUGAUAGCUUCCAUGCCACGCCACAUUGAGGCAGUAAUUGCUGCAAAAGGGGCCCAAACCAAGUACUGAGUCCAUAUGCAUGCUUAUACUUUUCAGAGGUCUGAUAUUGUUCUAUGUACACUCCUUGUUUUAUUGAUUGCAUGUAAUUUACUGAGAUUGUGGAUUUGGGGUUUUCUUGAGCUGUAAGCCAGUCCUGAGAAUAGUAGAAAAUCUUGUUAGCAGCCAAGAAAAAGUAUUUAACCCUAUUUACCUUUUUAACUUUUGCUCACUGUCACUUUGCAGGUUCUCCUUUUAAGUUAAUCUUUUUUUUUUUUUUUGUCUUUGUUUCCCUUGUUUUUUAAAAUUUGUAUUAAUCUUUUUUUUACAUAAGAAAACAGUGGGACGUGAUCUCUGAUAAGCUUUGGCAAUAGAAGAAGCUUUAUCACCUCAAACUUAUCUUUCUCCUAUUGUUUCCACAUUCAGAAUGCGUUCUUCUGUUUUCUUCAUUUCUCAUCUAUUUCUCUUUAAAACAUAAGAUAAACUAGGGACUACUUUGUCUUAUGUAUUUAUCCUAUGUUUGACAAUCAUGACAGAGGGUAGAGCUUUAAAGGACACUAUAGUCACCAGAACAACUAUAGCUUAUUGAAUUUGUAUUAGUCAGUCCCUGCAGGCUUUUUGCAGUAAACACUGUCUUUUCAGAGAAAAGGCAGUGUAUACAUUGCUCCCUAAGAACACCUCUAGUGGCCACUACAGAUGCUUCCUGAGUCCGUGCUAAACACUGUGCAGCACUGACAUUCAGUGUCCCAACGCUUUGCAUGGAGACGCUGAACUUUCACCAUAGAGAUACAUUGAUUCAAUACAUCUCUAUGAGGAUAUGAUGAUUGGCCAAACCAGCAUUUGGCUCCCACCCCCGCCACCUUUCCUGUAGGAAAGCAUUUAAUUGGCUGAGAUUAUCAAUUCUGAUGAUGUCAGCCAAGGAGGCAGAUCGGUGAUGGGUCCAGCGCCGGCUACCUGCACGGCACUGAAAAUAAGGUAAAUUUUCUUACCUUUUAGGGGUUGCAAGCCACCGAAAUGAUCUUUUGACACUACAGAAUUACACCUUUGUGUUCCUUACCCUAUAGUGUUCCUUUAAGGCAAAGACAAAAUCGAAUUCCAUUGUCAAGAAUGUUGAGCUUGACCUAAGCUCCCUUUGUCAAGAUUGUUAAUUGUAGAAAAAAAUCUAGUCCCUAAUUUGCCUUAUGUUUUAAAGAGAAAUAGAUCAGAAUGGCAAACUGUAGACCUCAUGGACAGAGGAGAACAAAAUAAUAGUACCCAAAUAUUGAGAAUGUUUGCAAGAAAGAAAAGAUAAUAAAUAUAAAUACAGACUAAUGACACUGGGGCGGGCGUAUAAUCAUUAGGAUGCAUGACUCAUAAGAAAAGGAAAACUGAAAGUAAAAAGAAGAAACAAACAUGACAGUGCUACUUGUUUAUGUUGACAUGCAGAGCAAAAAAAAUAUUUUGGAAAAUGUCUCCAAAGAAAGUUUUCUAUUGUUAUUCCAAUAUCAUUUCUAUGCGGAUGACACGCAAAUCUAUCUGUUCUCUCCUGACCUUUCGAUGUCCCUCUUGACUUGAGUCUCUGACUGCCUCUCUGCUAUUUCCAACUGGAUGUGUUGCUACUGUGCCUGUCUCCCUCCAAGUGAAUUGUACUAACAUUAGCUCAACCUCGCAGGCUCACUUCCUUGGUGUUCUCUUCAACUCCAAGCUCUCCUUCACCCCUCAUGUCCAGUCACUCACCAAGACCUGCCGCUUCUAUCUCAGAAACAUUUCUUGCAUCUGCCCCAUCUAACGCCCGAUGCAGAAAAAGUGCUUGUCUGUACCGCUAUCAUCUCUUUUUAUCAUCAUCUGUUUACUACUGCAAUCCGCUUCUCAGUGGUCUUAUGCCUUCCCAGCUGGCCCUGUUACAGUCUAUAAUGAAGAUGAGUGGUGAGACUCAUCUUAUUGUCCGCUAGCACCUCCCAUGCCUCCCCCUUCAGUCAGUUCUUACAUUGGCUUCCCUUUAGAUAUAGGGGUCAAUUUAAAAUUCUGGCGCUUGCUUACAAAUCGCUGCACAACGCUGCUCCUACCUAUCCUCACUGAUACACAGGCCCCUACGCUCUGCCAAAGAUCUGCGUCUAUUCUCUGUUCAUACUCACACCUCUGAUGUCCGCCUCCAAUACUUUUCCAUGGCUGCACCAUCCCUGUGGAACUCCCUUCACUGCUCUGUUAGCCUCUAAAACAGUUCCUUCAAAAGAUCAUUAAAAAAUCGCUUUCUCUCUCCGCACCUUGUUAACCCACCCUGCUUCCUCUCCUGCAACUCCCUCACCCAAUAAACUAACCCUUUACUGUUAACUACUCUAGUACUUUUUCACAUACAUUACUUUUUUUGCCACUUUACCCCACUCCCUCUAGGAUGUAGUCUCAUUUGAGGUCCCUUAAUACCCUCAGUUCCUGUGUGUCCACCUCAUCUUGUUGCAAAUAUAUAUCUGUUAGUCCACCUAUUGUACAGCGUUAUGAAAUUUGUUGGUGCUUUAGAAAUAAUAAUAAUAAUCAGAAAACACUGAAAAGCACGGUUAAAGGAACACUCUAUUUGAAAAUAAAUAGUUUUUAAUUAGACGUGUUGCUGCUGUACUUUAGACUUAUGACCCCCUUUACUUUUUGGAAGAAAAAAUAAAUAAAUAAAAAAGAACUGGAAUCCUUUAUUCCAGGAUACACUACUCACUGCUGAUAAAGUUAUCAAUUCUAAUUACUUUUGUCCUAUCAGAUACUUCUCUAGAAUAUACACCAAAAGCAUUAGAAUAAUAUCACCCACACCUGGAAUUAAUAGUUCAGUGAAAACAACACUUAUCUCAAUGGACAGUGGUGACAGCUUCCUCCAGGGAUAUCUGAUAACGUAUCCCUUAAAACACAAAAUAGAUGCAUCUAUACUUCUUUUACAGAAGCAUUAAAGACAGACUGUGCUUGUGUGGCAAUCACAUUGUCCAAAAAUUACAUGUUUCACUGUAAGAAGCAUUAAAUUUCAACACAACAUUUGGCAUUGGCAUACCUUUUUCUCUGUUUGACAGUCACUAGUAGACAUGCAAACUGCAAAGUGUAAACAAUGCCAUUUUUAACAAAUUGCGCCGUUUUCAUUUCCAAGACUGCAAGGCAGCAUCUAUGCCCCAGAAAUAUUUAUUAAGAUGAAGUUGGCGAUGACUUUUGAUCAACUUAUGAAAUGGAACUAGGUAAGUCAUUCAAAUGAAUGGUUUCUUAAAAUGAGAACUGGACAGGGCAGGAUUCCCCAUUAGGCAGAGUAAGCCCCUGUUUUCAGCACUUAUAAAGUACUUUUUGGGCUGGUGGUGAGAGAAGUACCAGGAGCUUUGGCCAAUGUCCCUAUUAGCAGAGCUGUAGUACCAGUUAUGGAAAGUGUAAAACUCAUUGCUGCCCCGGCUCCUCUAGUGUCUGUGCGUGAGGAUGGACAGGAAGUGGAUGGAAUCACUUCCCAUCUGCCCAACAGCCUCUCACACAUGAUGCACAAUGAAUGACACCUACUGCAGCUCUAAUAUCAAUCAUAGGAGGCUGACUGGACAACAGAAGACAUAAGAUUCCUUAGUUUCAAAUCUAAGCACUAAAAGCCUAAACAUGGGGGAAACACUUUACCCUAAUCCUAGGUUUAACUCAUCAUAAAAACUAAACAUCCCAUGUAGGGAAAUUUUUUAUUUUACCCAACUCUUAUCCUAAACUUAAACACCAUAUUAACCUAAAAACAAAAUUUCAUUUCACUUUAUCCCUAAACACAAGACUCCUAAACACCCUUUGUAACACAACUGUCACCCAUCUCAAGCUUUUAAUUCUCUUAACUAAACAUCCUAUGCAAUCUAACGCUAAUGUUAAUCCCUCUCAAACCUUAAACCUCCCUUCACCAUAACCACUUCUAACAUCUGUAACCCUGUAUAUAUUCACACAGUUGUAAACACUUCACUAUACUUAUAGAUUCAAGCACAGUACAUUACAAGCAGAUGUUUUUAUGUCUGCAAACUCCAUUUAAUAAACUAAUUGAACAUACUUUAUCUGCCUUUUGCGUAUAAGGGACCUCCUUGGAAUUCUGUGCCUGCAGACACCUAACAUGUAAAUCCGUCUCGGAACUGAGUGUUAAAACAGCUAAGGUAGAAAUGGUUCCCCUAAUCUCUUACCUGAUGUGUGCUGUAAUGUUGGCUUAUGAAACUAAUUGUUGGUCUGUCAAAUAAAACCUUUAUUUUUAUGAUGCAUUGUGCUUUAAAAUAAUUAUAAAACAAUCAAAGCAGUUUUGAGACCUAUUCUACAUAUAUUAGUUCUUAAAGUGGCUCUGUCACCUCAAACUUACCUUCCUCCAAUUGUUUUCUAUUCUCUGCCUUUUUCAAAAUCUGUUCUUCAUCUCAGAUGUAUUUCACCUUAAAACAUAAGACAAAGUGGGGACUACUUUGUCUUAUGUAUUUUCCCUGCACUUGAUAAAUAUUACAAAGGGUGGAGCGUAAGGCAAGCUUCACCCGUUGUGAGCUACACAAAGGAAGUGAAGCCCGCCUUAAGCUCCACUCUUUUAUCACAAUUGUCAAGUGUAGGAAUAAAACAGAAAAAUUGUUUGGUUUUUUAAAAAAAAUUUUAUUUCACUAAACCUGUUACAGGUGUUACAGAACAUACAGAAGCAAGCCAAGAGCGUCUUGGGCUGGGUGACAGGACUUGUUGUCAAACCUAUUUGGCUUUGAGGUGGUGCUGAUAACAAACAGGGGGCUGCGUGCUUUUAACCACUUGUCCCUAAGUGUGUCAACCAUCCCCCCCCCAUCGAGACCCCGAGAGACCACCAGCCAAGGCUCCUUUGUGAGCUUAGAGCCGUGACCUUUGCUGGAGUCCGUCGGAGAGGCAACCAGAGCUUAGGAGCCUGCCCCAGCACAUGCCGAGACUGUCUUCUCACUAGCGUCUCUCCUCUCUAACAGGAAGUGUUUCUUUAAAAUGCUUCAUGUUUGAGUAGUCAAGAGUGCAACAGCCCCAGAACACAGUGAAGCUGGUACUCUGCAUAUAAUAUUUAUAUAAACACAAGCAGAUCAUUUUACAUAUUGACCGUCAAAUUGCGCCACUGUAUAGCAUGGGUGAUUCUCAACAUUAGCUAGGGUAACCAUUGUGGACAUUGUAACGAAGAGUUUGACCCCACCCGGCAGUCUUCCAUUGCAGGGAAAAGAAAUACCGAACAGUGUAAUUCAGUUUUUUAACCAUAUAGAAAUAACAAUACAAAUAGAAAUAUUUUAAAAAAAUAUAAAAACCUCAGCCGCAGUUGAAGUUGUAGCGUUUAGAUUCGUCUGUUAAGUAUGGGCACGUCUGCCCUUCGGGGCCCAUUUCCCCAGCGCAAGUGACAUUAAGUGAGACUGACAUCCACCCCGUCCUACUUUGCCUUAUGUUUAAAAGAGAAAUAGAGAAAUAGAUCAGAAUUUUGGAAAAAUAGAACAGAUUCUAAAAGAGGAAGAUAACAUGAAACAAUAGGAGAAAAGUAAGUUUGAGGUGACAUUUAACCCCUUAAGGACACAUGACAUGUGUGACAUGUCAUGAUUCCCUUUUAUUCCAGAAGUUUGGUCCUUAAGGGGUUAAAGGCAUUUCUUGCACCUCAGGUAUAAACUAUGCACACUUUAAACAAACUGUACAAAACAAUAUACAAGCACAACUACAUUAUGGGUUGGGAAAAUGUCCCUCACCCUUUUUGUAUACAUUUUGCUUCAUUGAAACCUUCACAUAUAGUUUGAUGAAUUACAUCUAAUGCUAGAUACUUGUAAAUGCUGAAAUUUUUAUUUUCUGCAAAGUUGAAGAUUGGAUGAUUUAAUAUCAGGACAAAGAUACAAGUAUUUUCAUAAAAACUAAUUAUAUGUCUAAUCAGCUAUGUUAGUUUCUAUUUUAGUCUUUAAUUAAUUACAAUUUACAUUUUAAGAAAAAAAACAGCAUGUUAGAAAAGUGAGACAGGGGGCGGAGCCAGCCUGCCUGCCGCACUGUUCAGUCGCAUAUCCUGAGAGCUCCUCUGGGAAACCCUAAAUAAUUGGUUUAUUUCACGACUUAUUGUCAGAAAUUAGGGUUACUAGCAAUGUACCUGGGCGAGAGAACCCCACAGUGAUCGAUAUCACCGAAUAACAGAUCGAAAUUGUCAGCUUCUGCGGAGGGAAGACGUGCGGCCUACAAGAGGCCUACUCACAGUCGGUGGUAGGGAGGUGGCUGAUACCUCCACCUGCUGCAUACCAACACUUACUAGGUCUCCCUUCAGCACUACCCCCCCACUGGUGAGGGUUAUCCCGGUACUCACUAGCUGUGUGGCGGUGACUACUUACCAACAACAACUCCACGGGCUGCAACCACCUUGUCUCAUACACUAUGGCAGAUGCCACGUGCAACCUUGAGCCUCGAGCCCUGACACACUCCAUCCUGGAUCGCUUAAGUGAACUGUUCACUGAGCUCUGGUCUCGAAUACCUUGCCGUCUAGGAGCUUCUAUGGAGGUUUCGCAGGCACCUGCCUUACCUUCUACCACCCAGCAAACCAAGGGUGAUGAUACCCACAAGAGGGCACCAAAUACCAAAUCUGCUUGUACCCAAGAGGCGAAGGCAGCGGACACUGCGAUAUCAUUGGUGGAGGAGUGAUGGGAGCUGGAAUUCUAUCCGUUCCUGCCAUGGAGUUCAGGGGCCUUAUACACGCCAGGCACCUUUGCAAUGCUUGCCAAAGAUGCUGCCACAAUCACCUCUGAGUCCAUCCUCACUCUCACUGAAAGCUGAAAUUUUCUUCCUGCUCAAGUUCCAGUACACCCGGAGGGCAUAGGCUGACAAGGGGUGGCCUACUUGGCUUGUUUACCUGGUACCCUCUCACUGCACCCUUAUUCCGAUGCAAUAUUGUCAUCGCUAUCACCCACUUGCACACAGCUUAUAUUGUCUUUAUUGCUAGCAGGCAUUACAUAUAUGUGUGAUUUACUCUACUCCACAAUUACUACCAUGCUAGGUUUUAUUUGUUAUAUAGCAACUUAUAUAACUGUUAACUUAAAAAUUGUGCAGUCCUUCAGGCAUUUAUUGUGACCUUUUGCUGACACACUUUAAUAAUGCAAUCAGCUGAAAUGUCUUCAUAAUGUGAUAUUUGCACUGCACUACAAAAUAAGGAAUAAUAAAAAAAUAAAAAGAGAGACAGAUCUUAAAGGGAGAGUGACACUUCUCUGAAAUUUACAUACUUAAAUAAAACAUUGUCAACUAUUAACUUAUGUUAACUUUUUUUUCUGAAAUGAUCAAUUUCCUUUAAAAUUCAAAAGGUUAUUCCAAGCACCAUGGCCACUUCAGUGAUUGAAGCACUAUGCAAAUGAAGUUUAACCUUUCUUCUGCCAGAGGUGUAACUCCACCACCGACACUGUCUUUGGGAUGUUUUCUGUUGGCUUAGUGACUUUCAUUGCAUGACUGUCAGUAACUGCCUGAGAGCAGUCAACAGACACAAAAGCUGUCAGCAUGUCACUGGACCACCAGGGAGCAUCAGUGCCUUGUGGGGACCUUGAUAAGGAUGCAAAUCAUUUCCGGGGUAUCUGGCAUCAUAACUGCUACAGUGGACUGCAGUGGUUAUGAUUGCUGGAGUAAUCCUUUUAAGAUUUAGUCACAAUACAUUUCACAAUUCAUUUCACACAAGGCAAAGUUAGGUGAAAUAUUUAAAGGGACACUAGACUCACCAGAAUAACUACAGCAUAAUGUAGUUCUGGUGAGUAUAGUCAGUCCAUGCAGAUGUUUUUCUGUGAACACUAAAUUUUUAGAGAAAAGGCAGUGUUUACAUUACGGUUUAGGAACACCUCCAGUGACUCGGAUGAACUCUAGUGGUGCUUCCUGGGGCAGUGCUGCACAGUGAGCAGCCCUGAUGUUUAGUAUCUCCACGCUCUGCAUGGAGAUUCAGAACUUUCCUCAUAGAGAUGCAUUGAUUCAAUGCACCUUUUUGAGGAUAUGCUGAUUGUCCAGGAUGGCGUUUUCCCUAACCUCCCCCCCACCUCCUUAGCUGAGAUUAACAAAACUAUGGAUCUCAGCCAAUCCAAUGUUUUUCGAUGGGAUUGAGAUUAGAUCAUCAAAUCUGGUGAUCUCAGCCAAGGAGACAGAUCGAGGGUGGGGCCAACACCGGCAAACCCGCAUGGCACUGGAAUGGCGUUUUGCUGUGCCUCCCAGCCCACCUCCUUGGCUGAGAUUAUCAAAAUUGAAGAUCUCAGCCAAUCCAAUGCUUUCUUAUGGAAUUGAGCUUGAGAUCAUCAAAUCUGAUUAUCUCAGCCAAGGAGACAGAUCGGGUGUGGAGCCAACACGGGCGAACGCGUGUGGCGCAGGAAUAAAUGUGAGUAAACUCACCUUUUACAUUAGAGACAGGGGACCUGAGGGACUACAUAGUUAUAUUAUAUUACAGCUAUAGUGACAGGAAUACAUGUUAUAUAGUGUUCUUUUAAAAUAAGAAGUAUUGUUUGUUUUUUCUCUUCUCUAUAUAUUUCUGUAAUGACUGCAAGAUUCGUACGACGGAGCUUAUAACAAUUGUUGAUAGGGAGCUAACAUGGACGUGCCCAGUUUUAGGAUAAAGAGGUGUGGAUCUCUAUAUUUAAUUUUACUUUUAUCAUCUCACAAAUACAUAAUUUUUUAAAAUACAGGAAAGAGUAAGCAUAAUAUUAAAAAUGAAAUAAGGUGUAUUCAGAUCACCUCAAACUCACCUUUCUUCUAUUGUUUAUUCUUCUGUUACUCUUUCUGAUCACGUUCUCUGUAAAGCAUAAGAUAAAGAAGUGUCACGGUAGUUUAACCCUACACGCAAGAUUUAGUUCAACAAUCGACAGAUAGAGCAAAUACGACUUACCGGACCUUAGAAUGGCCGGACUCGCCGUAUAGCAGAGAAUAGACAGAGUCAAGAACAAGCCGAGGUCAAGGGAACAAAGAGACAGCGAGAACAAAAACUAGCCAAGGUCUGGUACACAGUAGUCAGUAAGCCGGUAAACAAGACAAAACAGGGAUAGAGAGAUAAACGGAGUCAGAUACAAAGCCAAGGUCAAGCACGAAAAUCACAACUGAACACAACAAGCAGGGAGUUAAGGGAGAGGUAAGUAUAAAUACCGUAAACUUUACUUUGAUUGGCCCCUGUCAUAUCCACGCCCCCAAAAUGUGAGUGUCUGGGGAAUGUGGGAUGAUAGGUGCCAAUAGGAGCACAUUUCAUGUUUUGGCUCCCACUGCCCCUUUAAGAGCGUGCACGAGACGCGCGGCACGCUCUUAGAGCUAGGCGGAACACAUGACCGCAUCUCGCGGUCCGUGCCUGCCUGCAUUUGGGAGCUGCGCGCGGCGGGAAGUGAGGACCUCGGCCGGCCCCCGGGUAAGGUAAGUACCGCUACAAGAAGGGACUCUUGUGUAUUUUUCCUACACUUGGCAAUCUUGACAAAGGGUGGAGCUUGAGUCAAGCUUCAACCUUUGCUAGCUUGACAAAGGAAGUGGAGCUUACCUUAAGCUCCACCCUUUUGCCACAUUUAUCAAGGGUAGGAAAAAUACAUAAGACAAAGUAGUCUCCACUUUAUCUUGUGUUUUACAGAGAAAUAGAUCAGAGAUGAAGAAUAGAAAAAAGAGAUUCUGAAAGAGGAAGAGAAGAGGAAACAAACUAAAAAAAGUUAGUUUGAGGUGACAGAGCCACUUUAAAAUGAAACUAUAGUGUUUUCCAAGCAUUAUAGUGACCUGCAAUGCCCCCCUCACCCCACCCAUGGCUCUGGCACUUACCUGAUUCCACCCUCCGCUCCUCCUGCGCUGACGGCAAUGGGGGGGACCUAAUGUGCAUUAGGACUACCAUAUAAGGAAGCAUUGCUCAAUGCUUUCCUAUGGGGUUUUAGAUUAUGCUGGAUGUCUCAUGCAGACAGUGUCCAGCGUCAGUUAGGUGAUCAAAAGUUGCCUAACCAACUGGAAAUGUCUCUAACGGUUAUCUGAAGUGGAGUUAACAGUGCAAGGUAAUCAUUGCAGUUUUUUUAAUAACUGCAAUAAUUGCAAUUGCAGGGUUAAAGGGACAGUUACAGUGCACCAAGGCCACGUACAUGAGCUGAAGUGGUCUGGGUGGCUAUAUUAUCCCUUUAAUGUUAAGAUAGCUUUCAAUGAAUACUUCUAUAAAGGCAUUAUAGACAAAGUAAAUUCAAUCUCAAACCACAUUAGAAUACUGAGAAACUUUUGUCAAGUAGUCUUUUUUUAUUUUUUGUUAUUUCAUGAUUAAAUUGUUGUGUCAUGAUCUUUGCAAUCGUGAUGUAAACUCCAUAAGGUCAUUUUAGAAUGAGGAGAAGAUAGCCCACCCCAUACAAUUGCCCUUUUUAUUUUGUAUUCAGUUCUGUACGUUUUUAGAGUCUGUGAUUUCUAACCCUUCCUCCUUCAGUUUGUAGAGAAAUCAUCUGUGUGGUCCCCUUUGCUUUAGCACAGACCAACUCCACUCCAACACCCUUAAUAUAUCAUUUAAUCAUAAUUUCAAAUAUCAGAAGCACUGGGUUAGAAUAAUGCUUCCUUCACAAAUGUUGAAUCUAUGCUUCAUUUCUAUGUUUUUGUAGUAAGUAAAAGUAGCUUGGGGUAUCUUACCAUGUUAGAGUUUACCUUACUUCAUUUAUUCGGGUAUGCUAGGCUCUGGUAAGUAAUAAAUAUAUUACCCAUACUAACUCAUGGUUUUGCUUACUGCAAAAAAAUGGAAUAUAGCUACUAUAAGGGUUAUUCACUAAAGCGAGAAUUCAAGGAGAAUUUUAAAUUCAAGGUAAAAAUACCAAAACUGUAAACAUUCAUACAAGUUAGCUAUGCCGCCAGUUUGGUCACUACGGCCUUAAAGUUGAAUGUCGCUUUGAAUUCUAACUCUAGUAAAUAAUACUGUGCAUUUUUUUGUUUGUGUUUUUAAGCAUUGAAAGGUUUGUUUCAGAAUUCUUAAAAUUCUGUGUUAAUGAAAUCCUUGUGUCUCUGUGAACUAACACACAUAACAUCUUGGCAAAAAAUAUGAUUUGAUACGUUAAUAGGAGAUGUAACUUCAUUUUUAUGAUUAACACAUCCUCGUUCUUGUUUCAGGCUAAAAAUCCGAAACAAUGGGUGACUGGAGUUUUUUGGGAAGACUAUUAGAAAAUGCACAAGAACACUCCACAGUCAUUGGCAAAGUUUGGUUGACAGUUCUCUUCAUCUUCCGUAUCUUGGUAUUAGGAGCUGCAGCUGAAGAGGUUUGGGGAGAUGAACAGUCUGACUUUACUUGCAACACCCAGCAACCAGGUUGCGAAAAUGUGUGCUAUGAUAAAGCCUUCCCCAUUUCACACAUUAGGUUCUGGGUGCUCCAAAUUAUUUUUGUGUCCACUCCCACCCUCAUCUACUUGGGCCAUGUCCUGCAUAUUGUGCGAAUGGAAGAAAAGAAAAAAGAGAAAGAAGAAGAACUGAAGAAAUGUAUUAAAGGUAAUGAUGAGAAGGAACUUCUACUCAGAAAAGGAGUGGAGAAGAAGGAAAAGCCCCCCAUAAGAGAUGAAAGGGGGAAAAUCAGGAUAGGUGGUGCCCUCCUUCGCACUUAUGUCUUCAACAUCAUUUUCAAAACUCUUUUUGAGAUUGGCUUUAUUGUAGGACAGUAUUUUCUGUAUGGUUUUGAGCUAAAGCCCCUGUACAGGUGCAAUCGUUGGCCUUGUCCCAACACUGUGGACUGCUUCAUUUCAAGGCCGACUGAAAAGACCAUUUUUAUCAUAUUUAUGCUUGUAGUGGCUUGCGUGUCUCUUUUGCUGAAUAUGUUAGAGAUAUAUCACUUGGGGUGGAAGAAGCUCAAACAGGGCAUGACUAACAGGUACAUCCCUGACCCGUCAUGCAAUAAAGCAGAGCCUCCUGGUCUGCUGCCACGAACUGCACCACCCAACAUGACUUUCCCGCCUUACUACACUGAUGCAGCUGCUGCUCCACCGAUCAUGCAACAUGGAUAUGCCAGAUCCUCUCUCACUGAAUUCAAGAUGCCAUCACUAGCAGAGGAACCUCUAGAGCCAUCCUACUUUGGAAGGCCUCAUGACCACAGCUCAUUAGCAGCGGAUCAGAACUGGGCCAAUCUAGCAGUGGAGCGUGAACGGAAACCCGGUUCAAGCAGUGCUAGUGCAUGCAGUGCCAGCACGUCUGCCCCAAGCAGUGUGAGAAAUGAGGGGGGAGGGGAAGAAGAGGCAACAGGUUUGGCAGGGACCGGAAGUCGCACCAGGGCAGAUGUUGAAGACAGGCCAGCAACCACGACAGUGGAAAUGCAUCAGCCACCUGUGCUGAUAGAUACGAGAAGGCUCAGUAGAGCCAGCAAGUCCAGCAGUAGCAGAGCAAGGUCAGAUGACUUAGCUGUCUAGCAGUGAAGCAGGGCACAAUAAAGAAAUAAGUCUCUAAGUCAGCGCAGAGUUCGCUGUUUAUGCAAUAAAUUAAAAAUCAAAAGAUAUCACACUCCUUUGGCCCAUUGAGUGCCAGUAAGACCUGUUUCAUACGUAUCUGGCACUGAAUGGGUUUAAAUGAGUCAUUAACAAAUAUCCUAUGAGUCUACUCAUAAGAGUGGCAGUAUGAUGGAGAUGGAGAGGAAGGAUACUGUUAUUUUAGUCUCGGAAUUCCAAGCUUGCUGUUACUGCACACUGUGAGUUGUAGUGAGCAAUGUGUCCUUUUUUAGUUUUUAAAUGAAUUGAGAUUUUCUGAGUGGAUGGUGUAUGUUUCACACUUUUGAACUUCUUUGAAGCAAUUCAUUUAGUACCAAAAAUACAUACAAGGAAGAUCAUAUUUCAACAGAGUCCCUAAUAACAGCACUUUCAUGGUAUCAAGGAGGAAACAACAAAAGAACGGAAGACAAUCCAGAGAUAGCUACGUAUUAAAUCAAAGAGCCCUGAACAGCUGAAGUGAUCUACAUAUUAUGAUUUUGUAUCAAGCCGACUUGAGGCAGUCAUUUACAAUUGGUCUUUAGCACUAUUAUUUCCCUUCUAAAAUAUAAAUACUGCUUAACAAGGCUUUGAUACAAAGGCAAAAUAUUCAGGAAAGGUUAAAUAUGGUUUAAUUGUUAGCCGGAUAACUUGUCCCCAUACAAACUAACAACUAGCUAUAAUGUAUUUUCUUUAAAUAAUACCUAUUGUCAUUCAUGUUGUCACUUAUUUGUGUACAAUUGGUGUCACGGCACAUUCAUAUAUACAAUAAACUGAUGAAAUAAGACAAUUAGACAUAUGACAAUAUUCACAAUGUAUACACACAAGUCAGAGGUGUAUUGUGAGCAUUUAAUGUUCAAUUAUAAAAAUGCUUUAGCAGAUUAUGUCUGUUUCUUCAGUAAGUAAAAUUAAGCAUAUUCCAUUUUAUUUUAUGGUAUAUUCAGAAAAAAGGACAAUGUAAAACAUUCUACAGGAAUUAUCCCUGAAAAUAUUUCUCUUACAUUGAUUGAUAAUUCUCUAUGUUGGCAGAGGAGGAGAUGGAAUGAAACUGCUACAGGAUCACCUUACCACAUUUAGUAGUUUAUCCAAUAAAAUGUGACUUGUGGUGGUUUUACGAUUGAUUUCCAAAUUGUAGGCUAUAAUAGCCGUGUUGGAAAAAUAGCAGAGUCUGUGAAAUGUUCUAAUUCAACAUUUUUACAAUUUCAUUUUUUUUUUUUUUUUUUUUUUUUAUAAAAUCUUCUCAAAUGGUUAUAAAGAGCACCAUUUAAUAACAGACGAUUUAUGUUGAAUGAACGAAACUCAUUUAGGGUUUAUAAUCACACAUUCACACAGUAUAAAAUAAACCACAUUUUUCAGCGUUGGCCCACAAAAUUAUUCUGAAUAUUUAAUUUAAAAAUACAGUGCUGAUAGCACAGUUAACCGAUAUUUCGUUGUAAUUACAACUAUAUACUUAGUCAUCAAGAGGUGAAAUAAAAUGACAUAUUAGUGUAGUAUUAUCUGUUUAGAGCAACUGUAGGCUAACACGUGCUAAGUUCAACUUAUAGACAUAUUUGUUUAUGCUAAAAAAAGGACACUUUAUUAUAUGUCUUCACUUUUCCUCCAGAUACUGUGUUGUAUGUAAGAAAUAUCCAACUGCUGUUUUUUUAUUUGUUGUUCAAAGAAAAAUGUUGAUAAAUAAUCGGAAAAGAUCAGUCCAAUUGUCAUUUUUCAUUAAUGGUCUUCAAG